UCAACUUACCUGUUUGGAACGGGAGGAGUACUGUAAAGUGUUGAAUAAUUUCUACGUUUUAAUGAAUUCAAAUAUAAUCUGGUGUUCAUGUUUUAGACUCUGAGGGCCGCUGUUGAUCAGUGAAAUAAUUUCUGUCCAGUGUUGUCAGUCAGUGGAGUUAACUCCCCUAUCACUGCGCUCUACCAGAGGAGAGGGAGAGACUCUGCGCUUCAUACGAUGCGGGGCGGGACAGAGAAACACUCUGUGUAUUACUGUUUUAGUAGAAGGGACGGUGAAAAUAGCCUGGAUUGAAACAAAACGUUACAUAUUACUCCUCUCUUUGCUCAACGUUUCUGAGGAUACAGUGGAAGGAAUUUUCCUGUGGGAUUUAUUCUUCGUUGGCUAUGGCAUUUGAAGGAUUCUAUCAACCUAAAUGCGUAAGAUGGCGUUCAUGUUGUGGACUGCGGUGGCAAGUACUUAUUUUUCUCCUGCAUCUCAAUCAUAUUGUCAGAGGCCAAAUCCGGUAUUCCAUUCCGGAGGAGAUGAAGAAAGGCUCUGUUAUCGGUAACGUAGCUCAAGACCUGGGGUUAGAUUUGAAACGGCUCCGAGCGGGCCGGGCUCGUAUCGUGACCGGAGAAAGCGUUCAGUACACAGAGCUGAAGACAGACAAAGGGAUUCUAGUCGUGAGCGAGAGAAUAGACCGAGAACAGCUUUGUACUGACGUCACGCCGUGUAGCUUCAGCUUCGAAAUCAUUCUAGAGAAUCCGAUGGAACUGCACCUAGUCACUGUAGAAAUAUUAGAUGUAAAUGAUCAUGCGCCCGUUUUUCCAAAUAAAGAUAUUCAUUUUGAAAUCAGCGAAUCGGCCACAGUUGGAGCUAGGUUUCCGCUAGAGAGUGCAGAGGAUCCCGAUGUAGGACUCAACGCCCUACAAAAUUACAUUUUAACUCCCAAUGAUUAUUUCAUUCUAAAAAAGCAUGCGAAUCCAGACGGUAGUAAAUAUGCUGAGAUGUUCCUCCAGAAGUCGUUAGACAGAGAAGAGCAUCCUCGUCUCUCUUUAAAGCUAAUCGCUGUAGACGGUGGAAAUCCGCAGAGAUCUGGCUCAGUAAAUAUAGAGAUCACUGUCCUAGAUGUAAAUGAUAACGCGCCUGUGUUUAACCAGUCAGUGUACAGGGCUACUGUGAUGGAAAACGCCCCAAAAGGGACAUAUAUCACAACCGUGAAUGCCAGUGACGCAGACGGUGGAUCGAACGGCGAAAUAGCAUACAGUUGUUCAAAGUUAAAGGGCACCAUAGCGGACAUAUUUAUCAUUAAUGAGAACACCGGAAUCAUAUCUGUUUCGGGGCAGAUAGAUUAUGAGAAAAAUAAGAAGUACGAGGUUAGAGUUGAAGCUAAAGACCAGGGAGGUUUAACAGACACCAGUAAAGUUGUCAUUGAAGUUAUUGAUGUUAAUGACAACGCACCAGUUAUAAACGUCAUGUCUUUCUCCAGCCCUGUGUCUGAAGAUGCUCCUCCUGGCACCACUAUUGCUAUUAUAAAUGUUAAAGAUAAUGAUUCAGAGAGAAAUGGACAGAUUACAUGCUCUAUAGAUACUAAACUCCCAUUUAAGAUCAAAUCCUCAAUGGCUAAUUACUACAAUGUUAUAACAGAUUCGAUUUUUGACCGAGAAGCGGUGCCCGAAUACAACAUAACCAUAACAGCGACAGAUUCUGGUUCGCCUCCUCUCUCUAGCGCCAGGGCUUUACACCUUAGAAUCUCUGAUGUAAAUGACAAUGCCCCAUUGUUCGAUAAAGGUCCCUACUCUGCUUACGUCACAGAGAAUAACUCUCCUGGAAUGUCCAUAUUUACUGUCAGCGCGCGGGACUCUGAUUGGAAUCAGAACGCGAGAAUAUCGUACCUGUUGGAGGACACGCAGAUCAGUGGAACUCCAGUCUCUACUUAUAUAUCAAUUAACUCUGAAACAGGAGUUUUACAUGCGGUGCGCUCCUUUGAUUAUGAACAAAUAAAACAGCUUAAACUCGUGGUUAAGGCGCAGGAUGGAGGCUCUCCUCCACUCAGUAGCAAUGUGACUGUGAAAAUAAUGAUCCAGGACCAGAACGACAACGCGCCUCAGGUUCUGUACCCAGUCCAGACUAGCAGCUCUCUGGUGGCUGAAAUGGUACCUCGUUCAGCAGAUCUGGGCUAUCUUGUUACUAAAGUGGUGGCUGUUGAUGUGGACUCUGGACAGAAUGCCUGGCUCUCGUAUAAACUGCAGAAAGCGACAGACAGGGCGCUGUUUGAAGUGGGUUCACAGAAUGGGGAAAUAAGAACCAUACGCCAAGUCACUGAUAAAGAUGCUGUGAAACAAAGGCUCACUGUUGUAGUGGAGGACAACGGGCAGCCCUCUCGUUCAGCUACAGUCAAUGUUAACGUGGCGGUGGCGGACAGCUUCCCUGAAGUGCUCUCGGAGUUCACUGACUUUACGCACGACAAGGAAUACAAUGACAACCUGACUUUUUACUUAGUCUUGGCUUUGGCUGUAGUCUCAUUUCUGUUCAUCACAUGUUUAGUGGUUAUUAUAUCAGUGAAAAUAUACAGAUGGAGACAGUCUCGCAUCCUCUAUCAUUCCAACCUCCCGGUUAUUCCGUAUUAUCCACCGCGUUACGCAGACACUUUGGGGACAGGAACUCUACAGCACGUGUACAAUUACGAGGUGUGCAGGACGACUGACUCCAGAAAGAGUGACUGUCAGUUCGCCAGACCCUGUAGUCAGAACGUACUGAUAAUGGACCCCAGGUCUACAGGGACGAUGCAGCGGAUGCAGAGUGAAAAGAACAUCCUGGAUGAACCAGACUCACCAAUAGAGGUCUGUUAUCUAUUUCCAUUUGUAUCCAUUUACAUCUUUAAAUGCAUGUUUCGCGUUGAUUUUCUCCCCACUGUCCGAGAAGCUCAUCUUUCCAUUGUUAUUGCACUUUCAGCACCACAGUCACGGACAGCGGCGCUUUGCAAAUAGGGUGACUUGCCUUGUAGCUGAAUUCUCGUUGAUGGUAAAGAUAAUACCGUCCUUUAAAGAUCAAUCAAACAUAUCCUUUGUAUUUCAUAACAUUCAUGAUAGGCUACGGGUAUUCCAUGCACAACAUUCCAUCCAUUUCCUGUUUAACCUGCAAGUCUAACAU